GUCGUUUCUACCAAACAUCAUUCCUCAACCCUCAACAGCGCCAUCUACAUUAUCUCCACAGACCUCUCGCACCAUGAGCUAUAAAGCCGUCAAGCUACCCAGGUCCUUGCCCGAUCCGGCGCAAUGGGAUAAGCUCGUAGCCUGCUACAAGUCUUUUCGUCUACUUUCCCUGCAGCUAUCUCCCGAAGCUUUCGGCUCAAGCUACGCUCGCGAAGCCGCCUUUCCACCAGAGACAUGGGUGUCGCGGUUGAACAACCCGAUCGCAUUCAAUACCGUCAUCAUUUCAGAUCGCGAACCUGGAUCAACUGACGACUUAUCACUCAUUCUCAACUCGGAUUGGCUCGCAAGUCUCACUGUGGUCGGUCCCCUUGAGUCCAAGACUGCUUCCAAAGCAUACGAGGAAAGCAUGCACUUGAACCCCGACACUGUCGAUUUCGGUCCACCCGCACCCGGCGUCGAGUCGACUUAUGUCUUGAAUGCGAUGUAUGUCCUACCGUCUGAGAGGCGCAAAGGUCUCGCGAACAUGAUUAUCGAAUAUGCGAAACAGCUGGCAGUGGAGGCAAACGAUGGCAAGGUCACAAUGGCGCUGAUCCUGGACUUUGACAACGUGCCUGCCGCCAAGUCGUACGAGAAGUCCGGAUUCAAGCGCGUACAUGACUAUUGGUUUGAUGAUCCGCGAGGCACUACACCAAAGAAAACCCAUAGUGCGGUGAUGAGGGUGGAUUUCGGACCGUCGGACCUUUAAGCCGGCUUUCGGCCUAGAGAUACAGAUAGGAUAGCCCACCUGAGGAUUAUGACCACUGUCAAGUCUCACAUAUCCUGUUUCGACCCGUGUCGAGCGUUCGUGUCCUCGACAUAUAUAUUCACCGCCUUCAUCAUAGUCUCAAGAAUGUUGGAGCACGUACACUACCUUUUUCACCGAGCAGAAUUUGCGUCAAGAAACGUUCUAAGAUACAUGCUGAUAUUAAC